AUGCAGGUCGAAGGUCACCUGCAGCGACAGGUCGACCUGGUGGCAUGGCUCGUGGAAGAUCUGCAAUUUGCUGCGGCUUGCAAUGGCGCCCAGCAACCGGCCAGAAGCGCCAGACGAAAGCAACCAUCCGCCAGCGCCAGUAGCCAAAGCGGAGUGCGGUGCGGCUGCGAGGCGGCCAAACCCGUUCCCCCAAGGCCAGGCGACUGCAGCUCACACCGGUCACCGCUCACCGGUCAUCGACAUGCGUUCCGUCCGUCUGCUGCCGACUCCCCUCCCUCACCCACCACCUCACAGUCGCCAUCUCCUCCCUUUCCAGACACUAUCAUACUCCCCUCCCUGGCAACUACAAGUGAUACUUAUCCCUCAUACUCCAUCACAACACCAGUCACCGUCGUACUCCCCUCUCACCCACCACCUCAACAGUCGCCAUCUCCUCCCUUUCGAGACACUAUCAUACUCCCCUCCCUGGCAACUACAAGUGAUACUUAUCCCUCAUACUCCAUCACAACACUAGUCACCGCCAUAGUCUCCUCUCACCCACCACCCCAACAGUCACCAAGACAUCUCCUCCCCCUCCAGACACUAUCAUACUCCCCUCCCUGGCAACUACAAGUGAUACUUAUCCCUCAUACUCCAUCACAACACCAGUCACCGUCGUACUCCCCUCUCACCCACCACCUCAACAGUCACCAAGACAUCUCCUCCCUUCCAGACACUAUCACACUCCCCUCCCUGGUAACUCCAAGUGAUACUUAUCCGUCAUACUCCAUCACAACACCAGGCACCGUCGUACUCUCCUCUCACCCACAACUUCAACAGUCGCCAAGACAUCUCCUUCCUUCCAGACACUACCGUACUCCCCUCCCUGGCAACUCCAAGUGA